AUGUCACCGGUUUAUACACAAUUUCCACCUUCCAAUCAAUCCACUUUCAAUCUCUACCUUCCAUUCAAAAUUAUCAACAGUCCAAAAACAUUCUCAACAGUUGGCACAGAUGAAUGCCUAAACUCCCUCUCAAACUUUAGAUUUCGCCAAAACCAACCUUCAACGGUGCCUUUAACUUCAACAGUCUGCACGCCCUUCUCCAUAUUACAACACUGUUUCAUACCUUCAAUUUCUGAAGCAGAUCAACCCGAUAUUCUUCAACACCAACUCGCUGCAGCCUUCAACAAUAUAACUCAGCAUCAACUCAUUGGGGAUUCAUAUUCAAUAGUUAGUUCCUAUCCAAUGCAUCGAGCUUUACACGACACUUUGAGUUUUAUCCGAUACCUUGAGCUUACCUGA